AUGGCGGCGCCGAUGCGGAUGCGGAGUUUGCUCCUGGUUCUGGCUCUGGGUUUGGCCCUGAAUUCAGGAUCGGUGCAAGGGGAUAAUCAGGUUUAUGUGCGGGCCUUUGUUGGCUCUGAUCGCACCUUUCGUCUCAGCGUGCGCCUUGAUCCCAACGACUUUUCGGCACUGGAAACCCCGUCCUUGGAUGCCAGUCGCCACAUGCCCACACCCCAGAACGUGACCAUCAACGGCCGAACUGGUGUGGCCACUGGCGCCGGCGCCCUGGUGACGGGCAAUGAUGGAUCCUGGGUCCUGUAUGACGCCCACCGCAACGUCUUUGCCUCGAGCAAAGGCAGCCCUACCUUCGUGGACCAGGACCAAGGCUACAUGCAGCUUCCCAUCAACACCAGCCAGCCAGACGGUACCCCACAGCCCUGCCUCAACAAUGGCGUCUUCUCUGCCCCCAUGUACUAUGAUGAGGAGGGCAAGGUCUUUGCUUUUGCUGUCAGCCCUUAUGAAAACGACCCCAAGGACGUGCACUGCUAUGGAGCCGGCUUUUCUUCCAACGGAAUCGCCCCUCGCGCCGGCUGGUGGAUCCUCGGCCACGCCGCAGACUGGUAUUUUGCCAUGCCCCAAGAUGGCUACUCCUACAGCAGUGUCUAUUUUGAGCUCACUGGGGCCGCCGCCGUGCCACCCCGCCACACCAUGGGCUUCAUGGCCACCUACUGGGGCUACGAUACCAUGCAGGAGGUCCAGACCAACAUGAGCCGCUUCCGCAACGAAAUGUACCCCAUUGAUAGCUUCAUCAUGGAUUACGACUGGUUUGGUCCGGAUGCUUGCGACGGCUCUGCGCCCCUCAAUUGUGGUGACUUUGGAUACAAGCCCGACUUUUGGGGCAAUGAAACCUUCACGUACAAUGGACAAACCUACCAGACCUCCGGGCCCGCGGAGCUGCUCAACUUUUUCCACAGCGUCAUGAAUUUUCGCUGGGCUGGCAUCCGCAAACCCCGCACCUAUUCCAACAUCGACUUUUGCAACUCAAGCGGCUGGCUAUUGCCUGACAACUACAGCGUCGGUGCUGGUGACAACAACUGGAACUAUAGCAACGCUGACUUUCGAGCUUGGUACACUCAGAAUCAUCUUCACUUUCUUGAAGAUGGUGUCGACUACUGGUGGAACGACGAAGGUGAAACCCAAUGGUACACCUACCUCUAUUGGAACAUGGCGCAACAGCAAGAAUGGGAGGCCGUUCGCCCCAAUGAGCGCAUGUUCACCAUCAACCGCGCCUUCCAGCCCGGCAUGCAACGCUUCCCCGCCUCGACCUGGACUGGCGAUCCACAAAACUGCUCCCAUGCCUACAUGCUGCAUUUCAUUGUCAACGGCCAACCGUACACCACCUGCGACAUGACCAGCCCGGACGCCACCGUCCUCCUGCGCCAGUACCAGGCCAGCGUCUUCUUUCCCAUCAUGCGCGUGCACCAAAUGAAGGGCACGCCUCGCUUUCCCUUUUUCUGGUGUGGGGCCGGAAGCGCUGGGAACGGCACGGAUGAGCACUGCGUGGGCUUUCGCAACGCCCUCAACCUGCGCUAUCGCCUGCUCCCCCACAUGUACUCCCUGGCCCACAACCUGUACCGCAACGGCGAACCCAUUGCUCACCCGGGCUGGUACGAAUUUCCCUCGGAUGAGAAUGAGUUUUACAUGGUGGGCAAGACCAUCAUUCCCGGCGAGCUGGCAGCCACGUACUACGAUCACGCCUCCGGACCGCAGCACCUAAAUAUCGAAAACCAGUCCAACACCUACCUGCCGGCCGGCACCUGGUUUGCAUUUGAGUCCUCCCAGACGUACCAGGGUCCCACCACUGUCCGCCAGACCCUCGGCCUGCAGGAUUUUCCAAUCUUUGUGCGAGCGGGCGCGAUCUUGCUCACCAACCAGGAAAAAGUGCAGCGCUCUGAUGACCUGGGUGGUGUUCUCGAGGUCCACGUGUACGACAAGGCUGACGGUACCAUGACGCUGGUCGAGGACGAUGGCCACUCACUCAACUACCAAAAGGGCUUGACCAAGGACACACAGUUUGUCUACACGAGCAUGAAUCGCACUUUGUCGUGGCAAUCGACGGUGGCCCCCGGCUACAUUGGCUCGCCUCAGGAUUACACGCAUGUCAAGGCAGUGUUGUUUGUUGAAAAUCAGGACCCCUUCGAGACCGCGACAGUGCCCCUGACCGCAUCUGGCAACUUCACUUUUUAA